AUCGUCUCUCGCCUGUCCAUGCAGGAUGCCCAUCCCCAAGCAAGUCACCCAUCUCCCAUUAGUAGGCGACCCGUGCAUCACCCAAGCCGCAGGACCAGCAGCCAAAUUUCCGCUCAGCGGCAUCACGAGACCCGCGCACCACAGUGCAGCGCCGGAGCGCGCCCCGGCGACGAACGUUUCACGAAUCAAAGUAUGAUAACUUAUAGCACUGCCAAGACCACGUCAUGUGCAUUCAUGAGCGCGCACGACAAACCUUCCAUCCCAAUACCUAAUGUAUGUAUUUGUUUGUUAUGUCAACUGUUG